GUCCCUCCUUCUACUCUCUGAUUGGCUAUGGAGCGGCCUGUUUGUUGUGAGGGGGACGGAGGUCGCCAUCUUGUUCCCGGCGCUAACUGAGGCUGGGUGCCUACCGGUACCGAAAAUCCAGUGUCGAAGCAUGUCCCUGGAGACCUAAUACUUGCAUUAUUUGUAAAGAGCGUUCCGUACCUCGCCCAGUUUUUCACCUCCCCGGCAAGUGCCCGGUUUUCGCGGCUGCGGGUGAGGAUGAACGGAGGAUAAAUGGUGCCCAAACCGGACAGCGGCACCUUCCUUCUCCUCUUUUUGCUUGUACUUACACUGACUGAGCCGCUGCGGCCAGGUCCAGGAAUAGUUCUGGCAAGACUUCAAUCAGAGCUGCGCUGCACACCAGGGCAGUUCGCUUGCCACAGUGGUACCAUACAGUGUAUACCCCUUCACUGGCAGUGUGAUGGAUGGCCAGCAUGUGAAGAUGAGAGUGAUGAGGUCAACUGUCCAGGUCUGUCUGGAGACCAGCGAACGUAUCAUGGAAAAGAGAGUGUGGACACACGGUUUAACAGAGGCCGGAGUGGGGAAACCCCUCGAUUCCAUACAGUGAAUUUUGCCCAGCCUGUCCGUUUUAGCAGUUUUCUAGGAAAAUGCCCAUCAGGAUGGCAUCACUAUGAAGGAACAGCAAGCUGCUAUAAGGUAUAUUCAUCAGGAGAAAAUUACUGGGAUGCUGUACAAACAUGUCAGAAGGUAAAUGGAUCUCUGGCAACCUUCACUACUGACCAGGAGCUGAAAUUUAUUUUGGCCCAGGAGUGGGACAUGGAGGAGAGGCCAUAUGGAAGGAAGGAUCAGCGGAGAUUGUGGGUUGGAUACCAGUUUGUUAUUACCAGCAGGAACCAUUCUAUGGAGGGUCAUUGGGAAGUAGCAUACAAAGGAUCUGCUGAGGUUUUCCUGCCUCCCGUGCCUAUCUUUGGAACAGCAAUGUCUGACAACGAGAAUAUCUUGUGUGCCCAAUUGCAGUGCUUUCACCUACCAUCAUUAAGACAUCUUGGUCUGCACAGCUGGUAUGCAGAAAACUGCUAUGAAAAAUCAUCUUUUCUCUGCAAGAGAAGCCAGACGUGUGUUGAUAUCAAGGACAACAUUGUUGAUGAAGGCUACUACUUUACACCUAAGGGAGAUGAUCCGUGCUUGAGCUGCACAUGCCACAAUGGUGAGCCAGAAAUGUGUGUGGCUGCUCUUUGUGAAAGACCACAAGGCUGUCAGCAGUAUCGCAAGGACCCCAAGGAGUGCUGCAAAUUUACCUGCCUUGAUCCAGAUGGAAGCAGCCUAUUUGACUCUAUGGCCAGUGGUAUGCGUUUGAUUGUAAGCUGCAUCUCCUCUUUCCUUAUUCUGUCUCUUCUGCUAUUCAUGGUUCAUCGUCUAAGACAGAGACGCAGGGAACGCAUUGAGUCAUUAAUUGGAGCCAACUUACACCACUUCAAUCUUGGCCGCAGAAUGCCAGGGUUUGACUAUGGACCUGAUGGUUUUGGCACAGGUCUGACACCACUUCAUCUGUCAGAUGAUGGAGAGGGUGGGGCAUUUCACUUCCAUGAGCCACCCCCACCUUAUACAGCUUACAAAUACUCUGAUAUCCAACACCCAGAUGAUCCACCCCCUCCCUAUGAAGCAUCCAUUAGUCCUGAUAUCAUACUGUGCUCAAGUCCAGAUCAAGUGAGUCACCAAGCUGCUGUCCUGGGCCAGUUAUCAACUGCAAGCAGUAGCAAUGCAUCAACCCCUCAAACAACAGAAGAGCCCUUGCCCCCAGCAGUGCUAUGUCUUGCCCAAUCUCAAAGUGACACCACAUGCUCUGGGGAUGUCAGUAGUUCUUUGCUGGUGCCCCCCAAAUCCCUUCAAAACGAAGCCUUCACUAGUGAUACUCAAUCUGGACCUUCGCCAAGCAAUUGUUCUCUCAACACAGUUGUUUAAAAGAGCUUAAAAAUGGCUGCCAGCCAUGCUGGAUUUUGAGAGCAAAGCAAAUCGGCGCACUCUUUGGAUGUAGAUAUGUCCAAGUGAAGGGCAGGAAAAUGCUCCUAGAACUCACAUUCUUAGUUUAGGGGGAUUUGGGGUAUUUUUUUUUUGUUGUUAACCCCUUUGCUACCUAAGGUCUCAGCAUCAUGUUGCAAAGUUCCACCGGCAGCUCAGGUGUUAAGCAGGCUAUUAGGCCUUGUCUUGAAAUCAGAGCAAUCUAUCAUGUAAAUAUUACAUUUCAAAAGCUGCACUUUCUUCAUUCCCCCAUAAGAGUGUUAUUUUGUGUCAGAGAGAGUGGGAAGAACAAUCUGUAACUCACCUCUGCAUUUUUAUAUACAAUGUGGGACUGGAUUUUACUUUUUCUUUGUGAAUUACAUAACUUGCAAUAAUCAUGCAAGAUCCUUAACCACGGAACUCCAGCACAAAGUAUGACGCAGUGAAAAUGCACUUCAAAUUUAAGGACAUAAGGAAUUAUUUUAUUCAUUGGGGGAAAUGGACAGAUUUGGCUGCUUUCUGACCUCUGGCAGUCUUGAAUGAAACUCUACAUUUUUUUCUGAACAUGUUUAUUGUGAGGUUGUUGGUAUGUGAGUGCUGAGUGGAUGGUUUUGCCUUUCGUUCUGUAGUGUGUAGAUAAUCUCUACAGUCGGGACCACACUUUUUUUUUUCCUGCCCAAAAGUUCCCAACCAUCAUUUUUAGGUGCUGUCACUUUGCAAUUAAACUUGGUGUUUCUUCAAAUUUAGGCCCUGCGUUUGUUCAUGGGAUCACCAGCUUCUCUAUACAUCAUGUAUUGUUCUUUUAAUAUAGCGUGUAUUUCGGGACGCUGGGCUUUCUGUGGAAUAGAUUAUAGGAAGAUGAUUUUUGGAGAUGCACUACAGUACAUGCAUGUGAGAGGCUUUUAAAGAUUUAUGGUAUGAUAGUUAAAUGCUCAGUUUGAGCUGUUGGUGCUGUCUCCUCUGUUAAUGAAUGCCAUGCAUCACCUAUAAUAUUUUAAGUAUGAUAAAACAAUGUAAUUGAAAUGGUUCAAUGGCAGAAUCAAAUGAAAUUAAAUGGAAUAAGAUUUGUUAGCAUGGCUCAGGGUCUCAGAGUAAAAAAAAAAAGUCUGGAGAAUAUUUUGUAAUAUAGAAAUCAAGUACUAUAAAAAUCCAAAUAGUUGCUAUUGGAUAAAUACAAGUCACGGUAUAUUCCAUAUAUCGAGGUUUCUUUGCUUAUUUUUCCCAAAGUUAAAAAUUAGAGCAACAUUUGGGGCUCACCUUAUUUGGCAUUACUGCUUUGUUGUUGUUUCUGUUUAUGGCUGAACUGUGUAAAAAAAAUAGAUAAUUUAAUCUUCAUGAUCUUUAGGAUUGGCUUACUCAAUGACUUCCUUGCUUACGUGUAAUGCUUAAGGCUGAAGCACUCACAAAAAUAUUGAAAUCUAUUGAAAACAAGGGAGUGACCUUGUCUUUGUCUCCCCCAGUAGAGUGCAGUCUUUGUACUGUGUUUUGCUGAAACAUCUCCAUCACUACUGGAAGGUUGCAGUCUAUAUAUUUGUUAAAAUACUAAUACUUGGUGAUCAGGUGCCCUUUUUCUUAUUGAUCUGUGGAUAUUUUUGAGCAGAGUCCGACCAGACAGCAUAGAUGUAAUGGAAACUGGCUUAAGCAAAGGUGGAAGCGUAGUAGCUCCAGUGUAAUUGUGUAAUUACUACAAAGCCUAUGAGUUGCAUGAAAUAAUCAUGUAGCUGUCUCCCUGGUGUAGUGUUUCAAGACAAUCCAGAACAGCAAAUUAGCAUUUACCUAAAACCCAAGGGGGCAAGCCCAUCUAUGGGGAAACUUGUCACCACUCCUUCAGUCAUAUUUUAUAGCAAGAAUGGAUAGUGUCACCUAGGAAAGUUAUGGUGCUUAGCGUUAGUACCACUUGUGCAGAUUCAGAAAUGUUUGCCUUCAGUUCUAGCUUUUAUUUGGUGCAAGGGCUCAAGCUCCUGACUAUGGUUUCUAUACUAGCUUGUCCUGUGAAUGUGUAGGCUGCUAAGUUGGGUCCAUCGUUUAGUGUUUCUUAGAGAGAUAUUGAUUAUACAUAAUUCAUGUGAGCGUUAAUAGAGAGAUGUUGUUUAUACAUAAUUCAUGUGAGCAUUAAUAGAAAAUUUCCAAUUUUUUUUUUUUAAUAAACCGUUCCACAUAUGAUGUCUUUACGUGGGAGUUAAGUUGACGUCUGUAACACAAGCAGGUUUAAGAUCAGAUUACUGGGCUCUUGCACCGCAAAAAUACCUGUCCCAGUUUGUAGUGCAAUAUAUGACCACUUUAAUUUCAGGAUUCAGGCUUCUUUUCUGUGACAUAAUGCAUUUUCUGUAGGCUGUAUCACCACUGCUCAGCCUUGCGUUCCCUACAGAAGAGUCCGUAUCCCUUUAAAUUGGGUCAGGAAUGUGAUGUAGUCCUUCUCAUGGCAGAAGGGUUGUAGGAAUGUAUAUGUCCUUGACAUGGCUGCUUUUGGUCUCAUCCUCAAACUUUGUCACUGACUCUAACCUGUGGCUGUGUGUAAAUAGUUUUGAAACAACUUGUAGGAUGACACAUUAAACUGUAUCUUACAGACCAUGUGAAAAUAUCAUAUUUUUUCCAUUUCACACAAUUUGCUGUUUUUUUUUUUCUUCUGUUACUGUGAGAAACAUUCAUUCAAAUGCCAAAAUUAAACUGUAUUCUGAAAAAAAA